AUGGCUCGCGGCGGUGGAGGAGGUCGAGGCCGUGGCGGCGGUCGCGGUCGCGGCGGCGGUAGGGGACGCGGCGGCCAUCGCGGAGGCAGGGGUGGAGGCGGAGGAAACGCAAACGGUCAGCGCCAGAACUACGCCGCCAUCGCCAUGCGCAACCCCAGGCUCGAGGCCUACUACCUCGACCAGGGCAUCGUCGAUCCGAGCGAGUGGGGCGCCUUUAUGGAGGCCCUCCGCACCCCGCUCCCGUCCACCUUCCGCAUCACGGCCGGAAAACACACCACCUCCCAGCUCAUCAAGGCCAUGAAGGAGAUCUACGUCCCCUUCCUCGAAAACGUCACCUACGAGGGCGAGACCGUCGAGCCCCCAAAGAACCUCCCCUGGUACCCCGAGCAGCUCGGCUGGCACAUCAAGCCAAAGAAGGCCGCACUCCGCAAGGUGCCCGAGCUCAAGCGCUUCCACCACUUCCUCGUCCACGAGACCGACAUCGGCUCCAUCUCGAGGCAGGAGGCCGUUUCCAUGCUGCCCCCGCUCUUCCUCGACGUGCAGCCCCACCACCUCGUCCUCGACAUGUGUGCCGCUCCCGGCUCCAAGACGGCCCAGCUGAUCGAGGCGCUCCACUCGCCCAUCAGCACCUCGCCCGACUCGUACGAGCCCAUGCCCGCCGGCCUCGUCGUCGCAAACGACUCGGACGCCGUCCGCGCCCACCUCCUCGUCCACCAGGCCCAGCGCCUUCCCAGCCCCAACCUCAUCGUCACCAACCUCGACGCCAGCAAGUUCCCCAACGUCAACGUGCCCUGGAAGGCCGCCGACGAGGGCGCAAAGGUCCAGCAGGUCGCCAUGCGCUUCGACCGCGUCCUCGCCGACGUCCCCUGCUCCGGGGACGGCACCGUGCGCAAAAACAUGCCCAUCUGGAAGGAGUGGACGCCCAACAACGCCGUCGGCCUCCACUCGCUCCAGCUCAAGAUCCUCAUGAAGGGCCUCAACCUGCUGCGCGACGGCGGACGCCUGGUCUACUCGACCUGCUCGAUGAACCCCAUCGAAAACGAGGCCGUCGUCGCAGAGGCCCUCCGCCUCUCCAAGGGCAAGGUCAAGAUCGUCGACUGCAGCGGCCAGAUGCCCGAGCUCAUCCGCAGAAAGGGCAUGACGACGUGGAAGGCCGCCCCGGGCAAGGGCGCCCACCUCUUUGGCAAGUCCAAGGACGUCCUGGCCAAGCAGGCCGCCAAGGCCGCCGAGGCCACCGAAGCCGCUGCUUCUACGUCUGCCUCGACGUCGGCGGCUAAAGGCGAGGGUGAGGGCGAGGUCGAGGUCGAGGUCGAGGGCCAAGCCCAGGGUGAAGAGUCGAACGGCGCGGAAGGCGAGGCCGACGCCGAGGCCGCCGGCGAACCGGAGCCGACGCCCGGCUCGCCCGAGUACCGCGACAAGCUGCCCGAGAUUGCGUGGAUCGACAACUGGGACCAGCUCAAGGAGCUCGACCCGAGCCUGGCCUCGACGACGCCCAGGUCGCUGUGGCCCGCCGGCGACGAGGAGGAGCUGGGCCUGCAGCACUGCAUGCGCCUCUACCCGCACCUCCAGGACACCGGAGGCUUCUUUGUCACGGUGCUCGAAAAGGGCGAGCCGGCGUCGAAGCGGGUCAAGGAGGACGACGAGGCGAAUGCGGCCGCGGCGGCGGCGGUGGCGACGCCCGACGAGCUGCCGGCGCCCGCCACGCGCGAGGACAAGCACGCCGCCGACCGCGCAGCCAAGCACUCGACCAACGACGGCUUUGGCAUGCCCGGCGGCCUGCCGUACAAGGAGGACCCGUUCGCCUACGUGCCUUACACCAACGACCAGAUCCAGUCGGUGCUCAAGUUCUUUGACUUCAAGCCCACGUUCCCCAAGCACAACUUCCUCGUGCGCAACCCGGAGCACAACCCGGUGCGGAGCGUCUACUUUACGUCUACGGCUGCGCGUGCGCUGAUCACGGGCGGCGGCGAGGGGCGCGGGCCGCACCCGCACAUGAACCCGCUGCACCUGCGGCUGAUCAACUGCGGCGUCAAGGCGCUGGGCAAGCAGGAUGCGGGCAAGGAGGUGCAGCUCGAGUGCAAGUGGCGGAUCAUCAACGACGCGCUGCUCUCGAUGCGGCCGCACAUCGAGGAGCGGAGCAUUAUCCGGAUCGACCUGUCGGACCUGACGUUCCUGAUCGCCAACUACUUCCCCACGCUCGACCGGGUGCCGGGCGCGUUUGGCGAGGUGCUGCGCUCGCGCAAGAUUGGCGGCCACGUCGUCGACGUGGUGCCGAGCGAGCACAACGGCCACACGCUCGACGACGCGCUGAGCUUCCCCAUCUGGCGGGCGGCCAACAGCGUGCACCUGAUGCUCGACAAGCAGGAGCGCAGCGCGCUGUCGUUCCGCCUCUACGACACCGACGUGUCCAACCCGGACGGCACGCGCCAGUUUAGCGCGCAGCAGGGCGGCAAGCCCAAGAAGAAGCCGGAGCCGCUCACCACCGAGGAGGCCAUGGCCGACGCCGAGGAUGCCGCCCGAGCUGCUGCCGCUGCGGCUGCCGUCGCUGCCGCCACUGCCUCGACGUCGUCUUCGUCCGCUGCCGAGGCGGCACCCGCCGCCGUCACCGCCGUCACGACGGAUACGGCGCCGACGACGACGGCGACGCCCGACGAGGUCGACCCGCCCGCUGCCGAGUAG